CUUGAAGGUAAGGCCCGACUUCGUGCCGUGAGAAUAAAGACUUCAGCGUUGUUGCUGACUCAAGCAGUACGGUCUGAAAACUUGAUCUCAGAUUCUCGGUGCAUUCAAAGCAUGGGCAAGGCAAAGAAGACUAGAAAAUUUGCCGCCGUUAAACGCCUGUUGAACCCCAAUGAUGCUAGAUUAAAAGAAAACCAAUUGAAGCAGAAGAAGAAAGAAGAGGAAGAGAAAGCCAAGGCGGUCCGUCGUGUACCACAGAUCGCAUCGUCCAUGUUCCUUGCGCACAACACCGAACUUGUGCCACCUUACCGAGUGUUGAUCGACACAAACUUCAUAAAUUUCAGUUUACAAAAUAAACUUGAACUAGUCAGCGGUAUGAUGGACUGUUUAUUUGCUAACUGCAUACCCUGUGUUACGGACUGUGUUAUGGCUGAAUUGGAGAAGCUCGGCCACCGGUAUCGUAUAGCACUUCGCGUUGCUCGAGAUCCACGAUUCGAGCGAUUGAACUGCAGCCACUCCGGAACGUACGCAGAUGACUGCUUAGUGCAGCGCGUCACCGCUCACAAGUGCUAUAUUGUCGCUACUUGCGAUCAAGAACUCCGGAGGCGUAUACGACAGAUUCCUGGCGUACCGCUAAUGUAUAUCGCCAGCAGGCGUUAUGCCAUCGAACGGCUUCCUGAUCAAGGCGCCCCCGGUUCCUGAUAUAUUGAAGACUAAAAAGUACAUCUACAAUUACUUUUUAAUGAUACUCCGUGCUGCCUGCUGCAAGUGAUUCAUUCAAUACCCGCAUCGUGCUGUAUAAGAUGAGAAGUUUCGAUUUCAUUCAGUAUGUCCCAUUUGGUUAGAACCGUGUACAUCGAGCAGCUGUACAUUCUGCGCGCAGAUACCCGUGUCAUGCUGUAUAAGAUGAGAAGUAUCGAUUGCAUUCCAAA